GGUUCCAUCCAUUUGCCUCCAUGAUCGAUUCCAUCACGCGGCUUGACGAGCUAUACAGACUCGACGUCGACGAUGGCAAUAACCAACCCGUAGUUCCGGCUCCCAGUGACUAGCUGAAGCCACGGUGCGAGCGCGACGACGGCCAUGGCGACCGAGCACAAUUCGCAGCUCGUCGUCCGGAAGCACCGGCCUGCAGGGCACACCCACACUGUCGCGGUGGCGGUGGCGCCACUGUUCGUGCUCCUGGCCGCCGCCUUCUCCGGCUCACCGGUGGCGGUGGCGGCGGAUUCUUCUCCGGGGCUCGUGGAGCUUACGCUCGUCGCCGGCGCGCAGGAGAAGGGCGCGGUGUGCUUGGAUGGAAGCCCGCCUGCUUACCACUUGCAGAGAGGCUCCGGCUCCGGAUCCCAAAGCUGGAUCGUCUUUCUUCAGGGAGGAGCUUGGUGCAGCAGCAACACCACAGAAACUUGUUCCGGGCGUAAAAUGACCGCGUAUGGUUCGUCCAAGUUUAUGGAACCAAUAACUUUUGAUGGGGUAUUCAACGACCAGCAACCACAGAAUCCCGAUUUCUACAACUGGAAUAAAGCUUUUGUAAGGUAUUGUGACGGGGCAUCAUUUUCUGGUAACGCAGAGGGUGAAGCAGAGGAUGGAACCAAAUUGUACUUCAGAGGAUUGCGCAUCUGGGAAGCAGUUAUCGCCGAACUCAUGGGAAAAGGAAUGGACACAGCUAAACAGGCCUUACUCGCAGGUUGUUCUGCCGGUGGUCUAGCUACACUACUGCAUUGCGAUAAUUUUCGUGCAAAAUUUCCUCAGGAGGUUUCAGUCAAAUGCGUUCCUGAUGGUGGAUUCUUUCUUGAUGCAAAGGAUUUAUCAGGAGAAAGAUCUAUGCGGUCGGUCUUCAAUGGCGUUGUUCAGCUUCAGAAUGUCAGUGAAGUUUUGCCCAAGGACUGCCUGGCAAAGAAGGACCCGACAGAUUGUUUCUUCCCUGCUGAACUUAUCAAGAGCAUCAGCACCCCCACGUUUAUUGUGAACUCAGAAUAUGAUUCUUGGCAGAUCCAAAAUGUUGUUGCGCCAGUAGGAUCCUAUCCUGGAGACACAUGGUCCAAUUGCAGAGAUAAUAUUGGGAACUGCAGUUCCAAGCAGAUCGAUGUGCUUCAUGGAUUCAGAAGGAAACUCAUCCAUGAGUUGAAGGCUGCUGAAGGUAAAAGGGAGUGGGGGCUGUUCAUCGAUUCAUGCUUCACCCACUGUCAAACUCAAUGGAAUGGCUCAUGGCAUUCGCCGACCUCCCCAAGGCUUGAUAACAAGACUAUUGCAGAGGCUGUUGGAGAUUGGUACUUUGGUAGAAGGAAAGGGGUGAAACAGAUCGACUGCAAGUAUCCAUGCAACCCCACAUGUGGUAGUUAGCUGCCCACAUCAGGAACAAUGGUCUAAGCCGAGAUUUACAUACAUUUGUAAUAAGUGGAAUUUUCCCCUUCCCUGUUUCCGAGUUGAAAACAAUACAUGAAAUAUAAAUAACAAAAUCCUGAUUUUUGAGCGAA